AUGGAAUGCACUAGGACGGUUGGAAAGAAGAACUUCAAAGAGGAUGCCAAGCAGCUUCAGCAGAACUCCCUCCCCCCAUCUCCCUCUCGGCAGAACCUUCUGACAACGUCGGCACUAUCGCCUUCUGACAACGCCAGCACCUUCGCCUUCGGACAAUGCUACGUGGUCUCCUACGGUCCUUCAUUUCCACACAGAUUUCCCCUAGAUCCCGGCAUCAUUGACGUUAUGGCGUUGGCGGAGGUGACUGCUGUCAUUAAGGGUUCCGAGAUUUGUUUUGUGGGUGUGGUGGUUGUGAGACUGAGAUCUCAAAGAAAUGUAGCAACCCAUGUGUUGUCCAAAGCGUUAGAUCUAUUGGAUGAUGGUGAUAUGGAUGAGUUUACCAUCACAUGCCUAACCCCGAGUUCUUUUGCUAUCGUGAGUACAUUAAUUAUGCCUUCAAUUGCUGGUGCCAAUAGCUCAUUCUCAGGAUCUCAGACUUCAUCAACUAUGCAAAGAGAAGAGAGUAUCGUGUUGAUGGUUAAGGUGAAGAUGGCGUUGGCGGAGGUGACUGCUCUGAUUAAGGGUUCCGAGAUUUGUUUUGUGGGUGUGGUGGUUGUGAACCUUCUGACAACGCCGGCACCAUCGCCUUCUGACAACGCCAGCACCUUCGCCUUCGGACAACGCUGCGUGGUCUCCUACGGUCCUUCAUUUCCCCACAGAUUUCCCCUAGAUCCCGGCAUCAUUGACGUUGUGAAGAUGGCUUUGGCGGAGGUGACUGCUGUGAUUAAGGGUUCCGAGAUUUGUUUUGUGGGCAGUCGUGCUGAGGUAUCAACGGUGAUGGUGGCACUGGAGGUGGCGGCGUUGGAUUUGGUGUUGAAUAGAUCUACACACCACAAUCACAGCCACCAUCGUGCUCCACUGCAACAGCUUCGAUUGGGGCCAAAGCUUCACAUUUCGAUCCCAAUGGGUAAAUGUGUUAGCACCAUCACCAGUUCAGCCACUCCAAAUUCUCCCAUUUUCAAAUCCAACAGUAACAGUAAAUCUCCACCAUCCGUACAACCAUUGCUAGAAGAGGAAACAAUUAAAGAAACCCACCAGAAGUCAACGCCAAAGUUCAGGAACCGGUCGUUUUCUCACAAAAUAAAGCAGGAUAGAGUAGUGAAAAAAUCUCCGGUGAGAAUGCCCGAGUCAUCAACAGAUCGAGUCGGGUCUAGGAGGGAGGGUUCGAUAACUGCAGUCUUCGUCGCUACACACACCGCUCGUCGUUACUUGUAG